AUGAAAGUCUCAGUCAUCUCAUUAGCCACCUUGGUGGGUGUUGCUGCGGCCGGCGCCAUCCCCAUCCGUGCUGCAAACUCGUCUUCAAAUCUUGCCACAUUUGUUCCCGAAUUUGGAGUCACUCAGGGAAACCAGCCAGACGGCAAAGGGAACUGCCUCGGAGCGAAUGGGGUCAAGAUCCCGUGCAACUGCCCACCAGCCAGGGAUGCCUUUCUCGCCCAACUGAACAAGAAUGUCAAAGCAGGCCUCGCGUUCCCGACAGAUAACAGCAAGGGCUCAUCAUGCAUCCGGGCAAACAGCCUGGUCAAGACGGUUCAGGAUUUGAAAUGCCCCGUGGCCGCAACCCCUAACGUCUCCGCUCUGCAGAAGCAGAACUGCGGUUGA